GUGCGGUGCAUUUGCUCAUGACGCAUGGGGACCAUGGAUGUAGGUCACGUGUGUGCACAUCGUAGUAUGAGUAUGUGGUGUGGUGUGUGUUUAGAAGUAUGACCGGUCGUGGGGGACCAGCGAGAUGACGCUGCCCUCCUUGAUCGAGUAGUCGAACAACGUCCACUGCACACAAGCCAACACACACGCACAGAGGGAGAGGGGGGAGAGAGAAGGAAUGACCGACAAACUCACUCAGCGUGGUGUCCGAGUGUGCAUAACAUACCUGGAGGUUGAGCGGCAUGCCGUGGAAGAGGAGGCGUAUCUCCCCCCCGCGGGUGCCCCGCUUGGCGUUCACCAUGUGCUGCAACUCCUUGAUAGUCAUCUCCUCGUGCACCCUAGUCAUAUAUAUACCAAACACACACACACAGCACUGUGUGGCGCGUGUACGUCUGUGGUGUGGUUGGUGUCUGGCCAGGUACUUGAAUGGUCCGAGGGGUGGUCCCUUGGAAGGUUUGACGCUCACGGUGAACUCCUGCCCCUCAACGCUUCCAGCACUAGCACCGCCCUUAGCCUUGCCCUUGGCUGCACAAUGACGGGCGGUGCGCGCACAGACAGAAGGAAAAGCGGGGGGGUGAAGGAAUCCAUGUGAUUGAUGGGCAUGUGUGUGUAUGUGUGAGAUGAGAUGGUCAACCCACCUACCUUUGGGUUUGGCGGCAGCAGCCUUGGCCUUAGCCUUGCCCUUGGGCUUGGCAGCAGCAGCACCUGCAACCACACACACAACAACACACAACAAGGGCGAGCAGAACACGCUCAUGUGCGCGUGGAUGUGUCCAUUGUGUGUUCGUGUGUGUCGGUGGGUUGGGCAGUGCAGUGUACCGGUAGGUUUCUUAGCGAUGGGUUUCUUGACGGCCGCACCACUCUUGGCUUUGGCCUUGGCCUGCACCGCACGAGCCUUCGCCUUCGCCUUGGCCUUGGGGACCGCAGCAGCAGCAGCCGCAGCCUCGCCAGCCUACACACACACAGCGCACACAAAAUUUGCAGAUGAACACACACGGUCAGGAUGCCCUCCACGCUUUUCUGUAGCGUACCUCGCCCUUGGGCGGAGCAGACGGCGUCGGUAGGUAACGAGCAGGCACCGCACGAGCACGCUUGCCUGCACCAGAGGGAAAACACACCAACACACCAACACAUAUAACACAUAAGAGAGAGGCUGAAUGAGGCAUCCUGUCCCAUCCCAUCCAUCCAUUGCCAGAAUGCACUUGCACCACCAUCCUCCGAUGCAUCCAUCCCCGCCCUCCCCGCCCUGCCCGCCUCCCAUCUGCCCCUCCAACUCACCUGGGGUACGAUGGGCAGCGAGGUUGGCCUUGCCCUUGCUGACGCGACGCACCUUGGCCUUGGCUUUGGCCUUGCCGGCAGCAGCAACCUUGGCCUUGGCCUUGGCAGCCGGGCCCUUCUUAGGCGCGGCCUCCUUCUUCUUGACUAUGUCCUUCUUGACCACCUUCUCGGCACUCUUGCCCGCCGCUCGCUUGGGCCUGGCGGCCACCGCUGCGCUCUGCUUCUUGGGCGCCAUGACAAACCGACAACAAAGCGAUGGAUGCUAAGCUAACGACACGCACAAACUGCCUUCAACCCGGGGAAACGAUGCGAGAUUGCG